AUGGCUGGAGAGGAUCUCAACCAGAAGCUCAAUGAACUCAUCAGCUCCUUGCAAAAGAAGGGCAUUCUGGAUGACUACUUUGAUCAAGUGAAAGGAUUACAAGAUGAAAAAAGUCCGCAGUUUGUUAAGAACACCAUAACUACAUACCUUUGUGGAGCAGAAGAUACGAUAGCAGAGCUCACCGAAACACUAAGUGAGCUUGCAGUGAACUAUCAGAGGGUGAAUUAUCUUGCAGAUAAGCUGAAGGGAAGUAGCAUGUGUGUAGGUGGCUCUCAAAUGGCAGAUGUUUGUGCUGAGCUCUGUGAUGCAAGUGAGGCAAACCAUAGAGAAGCGUGCAAGGAACUCUGUGGAGUGGUCAAGCGUGAGUAUUCUACCUUGAAGGAUAGUCUGAAUAAGAUUGUUAAGUUGGAGCAAGCAAUUUAUGAUGAAAGGACUAAGGAGACUAACGAGUAG